CCCCGCGCGGCGCACCCGCUCUUCCCCCGCUGCCUCCCAAAGCCGCGGGCCAGGGUCAGGGGCGGGAGCCGGGCGGGCGUGCAGGGGGUGCUCGCGGCGCCCCGGCUCCGCCAUGGUGGAGGCCUGGUACAUGGACGAGUCCGCCGACGACCCGAGGCGGCCCCAUCGCGCCGAGCCCAACCGCCCGGUCGGCCUGGAGCAGCUGCGCCGGCUCGGGGUUCUUUAUUGGAAGUUGGAUGCUGACAAAUAUGAGAAUGAUCCAGAAUUAGAAAAGAUCCGAAAAGAGAGAAACUAUUCCUGGAUGGACAUAAUAACCAUAUGCAAGGAUAAACUACCAAAUUAUGAAGAAAAGACGCCGGAGCCACCCAGGCGCCCCUCGUUUUCACUUCCGAGGGGCGAUGCCACGCCGGCCUCCCUGGUGUCCAGCAGCCUGGGGGCCCCGCUGAGCAACUACGUGAAGGCCAUGCGGCUGUUCGUGGGAGAUCCCGUGUGGACGGCGUACAACCGGCCCGCUGACCAGUUCGAGGCUCGGGGGCGGUACGUGGCGUUUUUGGCGCAGACAGCCUAGCGGCGCUCGGGGUCCCACCGCGCUUCGCCCUUGGGAAUGUCCUUCCUCCUCCUCUUACGCCGUAGACGUGGCUAGGUGCGCUUCCUUGGCAAGGCGAUUCGAUCGGUGUGUUUAGUGAAAGGAGCUUUAUUAUAAAAGUGAUUUUUACGUGGAAGCAACUCUGGGACUGUGGACAAACCACGUUCAUUUUACCUAAUUCAAGAUCAGCCCAAAUGAGAGUCCUCUCCCCAAUUGUUUACGUGCGGCGCUGCUCCAUCCGGACCUGUUUCUUCGACCAUAAGCAGACGUCUGCCCCUGCGGUGCCUGCCUUGUAAGAAGGUGUCAGAGGAGACAACAGGACCGGCCAGACAGAAGACACUCUUCUCCCAGAACCGGGUGGGGAGUGCUGUCGGGGGCGAGGUCUCUCCUGUUAGUGGGGGCGAUGCUCGGAGUUCCUCAUGCCACUUUCUUGUUCAGAAUAAAGUAGCUGCCUUAAUUUUA